AUGCAACUCCUGAGGGCAAUAGGAUUCUUCCGUGGAAACAUUUUAAUAUUUAGUGCCACAAUAGGGGCAGGAAUCUUUGUGUCUCCUAAAGGGGUAUUAAAAUAUUCCUCCCUGAAUGUAGCUGUCUCCCUGAGUAUUUGGGCUGCUUGUGCUGUGCUGACUUUGAUCUCCGCUCUCAGUCACGCAGAGCUGGGCACAACAUUCCCUAGAAGCGGAGCACAGUAUUAUUUCCUCAAAAGAUCUCUUGGAUCCUCUGUUGCUUUCCUCAGUCUUUGGAUCAAACUUUUUACUCAUCCCUUAAGACUAGCUACUGAAACCUUGUUAUUAUCUACCUAUACAAUUCAGCCUUUCUAUGCCAGGUGCCCAGCUCCAGAGCUACCAAAGAAGUGUCUAGCUUUGGCUAUUCUGUGGUCUUUGGGACUUCUAAAUACUCGACGGGUGCAAACAGUGGCUUUGUUUCAAACUAUCAGUACUGUGGCAAAGAUGACUGUCCUCUGCUUUAUUUCCCUCACUGGGAUUGUGCUGUUAGGGAUUGGGAAAAAAGAGAACAUGGCCAGGUUUGAGAACGCUUUCGAUGCUGAACUUCCUAAAGUUUCACAGAUUGCAGAAGCCUUCCUACAAGGAUUGUUUGCAUAUUCUGGCACGUCAAUCCUGAACAGCAUAGCAGGAGAGAUAAAAAAUCCUGGUGAAAAUAUUCCCAAAUCUCUGAUUACUGUCCUUCCCAUGGUGGCUGUGAUUUACUUACUGGCUAAUGUAUCCUACCUGGCAGUUUUGACUCCCAGGGAAAUCAUCUCUGCAGAUGCUGUUGCUGUCACCUGGACGGACAAAAUAAUCCCUUCCAUGCAAUGGGUCAUUUCUUUUGGAAUUUCAACUUCAAUAUUUAGCAGCAUGUGUUGUACAGUGCUUUCAGCAUCAAGGAUGAUCUACACAGCAAGCCAAGAAGGACAACUGCCUUUGGUCUUCUCGAUGCUCAAUAACCACUCGUGUCCAACCAUGGCUGUCAGCCAGAUAAUCAUCUUAACUUCAGUUGUUAUUAUAACCUCAGAUUUGAUCAAUUUAAUAAAAUAUUCAGGAUUAGCAACAUGGUUUUUAAGAGGGUUACAUAUGAUAGGUUUACUUAAACUAAGGUACCAGGAACCCAAUCUACCUAGACCUUACAAGGUGCCUUUGCCAUUUAUAUUUGGAUGCAUAGCUAUAUCUUUGUUUCUGAUUUUGACGCCAUUGAUUCAGGCUCCUAAAAUAGAGCAUGUCUAUGGGCUUAUCUUUAUGUUCAGUGGACUCCUGUGUUACUGGAUUCAUGUUCACCUUAAUCAACAUUCUGUCUGUUUUGUCAAAAUCACUUGUUAUUUACAAUUACUGUUUAAUGUUUCACCAUCUGAAGACCAUGAUGAAGAAGUCAGUCGCCUACAACGCAAAAAUCAUACAGAAGAGCCACAAAGGAAAGACGCAUUCCUUCCCCAACCACCACAGGCCAGGCAAAAUGUUUCGCUUUACGGCAAGUCUCAGGAGUCGCGCUGUAGAUACCGUAAAAGGGAGGGAAGGCCUCGUUGGGGAAGCUCAGGCUUCUGGCUUUGCGACACCGUCGGGGCGGGAAAGUGCCGGCUGUCGGUUGGAGCAAGGGUCCUCGGCCCGCCCCCUAGGGCCGGACUUCCGCGCACCCGGGAGGCGUGCCCCGGUCUAUCAGACCCAGCGCUGGGCGCCGGUUAA